CCUUGUUUACUUGAUAAAUAGACAUUCAGGUCCCCCAACAUCGACCCCCCUCUUCCACCAUCUUCCUUAUUUUCUUUGAACACAUCACUAAAAACAGAAGAGGGGAACACAAACUAAGCAUCAUCAACAACACUACAAAUGGGUUUCAUCUUCCCCCACUCUUUCUCCACCAUUUUCCUUUUUUUCUCCUUUAUGACAUCGGCGGAGAAGAUAACAACAUUCACUAUUAUAAACAAUUGCCGGCGGACAAUCUGGCCCGGAAUCCUCUCCGGAGCCGGAAUCCCUCUCCUUUCCACCACCGGCUUCCAGCUCCAGUCCGGCCAAUGGCGUUCCAUCGAAGCUCCUUCCGGCUGGUCGGGCCGUCUAUGGGCCCGCACAAGCUGCGUUUUUGACGAUUCCAAACCUGGCUUCUGCCUCACCGGCGACUGCGGAACAAGGAAGGUUGAAUGUAACGGCAAAGGGCCGGUGCCACCGGUAACUUUGGCGGAAUUCACGCUAGGUGACGAAAAGAAUUUCUACGACGUGAGCUUAGUGGACGGAUAUAAUCUUCCUAUGGUGAUCGAAGGGGAAAAAGGGAUUUGUGCGGUAGCGGGCUGUGCGGUGGAUGUGAAUGAGAAGUGUCCGCCGGAGUUGAGGUUGGGAGAGGCUGCGCCGGUGGCGUGUAGGAGUGCAUGCGCGGCGUUUGGUGGGGAUGAGUAUUGUUGCAGUGGGGAGUUCGCGUCACCGGCCAAGUGUAAGCCGACGGCGUAUUCUGAGGUAUUUAAGACGGCGUGUCCGGAUUCGUAUAGCUAUGCUUUUGACGAUGCCAGUUCGAUUUUCACUUGCGCCGGCGCCGGCCAGUUUACCGUUACCUUCUGCCCGCUGGCAAAUCCAAGUGAAAAGUCUUCGACCGAACCUUGGCUGGCUAACCUCACCUCCAACCCGGCUCCUGAACCGUGUUGUCGUCUUCUCGCUGCUCUAAUUGUUGUCUUCUUCUCUCUUCUUGCUUUCUACUUAUCUUGAAGGUGGAGUUCUAGGAGUUUUGAAUGAAUUUGUUGAUGUUAAGAGCAAUUUUCAGAUAAAUAAGUAAUGUAAUAUUAAUUUAAAUGUAAAUUUAUUUUAUCAAUGCUGUUAG